GCCACCUAAGCUAUUGUCAUCAUGCUGCCCUUAGCACUGUUCUACAUUUUAGCUGUUAUUUGCUCUGCCAGACGGACGCAUGCUCUACCACUGUAUCCAGACACAAGCUUGGAACCUCAAGAAGAGCUGAUCCAGAAGUUGGUGGCGGAGGUGGAGGAUGGAGAGAACUCUGAGCUGACUGACCAGAGAGAGGUGAUGAAUCUCUACCCUCUCCUGAUGCAGCGCAAUGGCGCCAGGGACACAUGGAAUAAAGCAGGAGCUAAAGAUUCUGUGCAGCAGGAUACAUUUGUCAACAUGGUUGAUGAUCUGAAGGCGGUGGUUUUGAAGCUCGCUGCAGCCGACAAGCUUCGCUCUCAGGGCUUCCUUCGGUCUGAGCAGAAUUUGCCGAAAACCAACAAGAGAGCAUGCUUCUGGAAAUACUGUGUGACAAACUAGAAGCUUUGUGCUGGAGGAGGAUAAGAUUAUUUUUGACGAUACCUGGACAAGAACACCUUAUCUCACCACCCUCACACCAAGCUGUGUCCCUUAUUAAAUAUUGAACGUACAGCCCCAAGACAAUGGGUAUAUUGCUUAUACAUAGAACCCUAGAGUAAAUGAUUGAUAGUAAAUAUAUUUUUUAAUCCAGUUGAAAAUGGCCUUGCAUUGAGGCUGGCUGACAAU